ACCCAUGCAUGGUGGUGAGGCCCGAGUGUCCUCGAACGUACUGACUAUGUUGUAUGCCUUUUCAUGAUAGCGAUCAUAACCGACAGGUCCAGUCCAGGCUCGAUGCAUACCUAUGCGCAAAUAUGUGAGCUUUGCAAUCGAUGAUGAUACAGACACAUGUAGAAAAGUGCGCAGCAAACUCGCGAAAUCAGUCACUAACCAACCCUCGAAAAACUCGAUGCGACCGACCCUUAUAACCACGAGGCCCGAGCUCAACGCGCUUUACAAACAAUCAAGUUCAACAGUUCCUGGCAUGUGUGCGUACCCGUCGGUAGAAGCAUCUUGGGUAAUAUGAGAUCGCAAGGGCAACCUCAUUGUUUAGAUGGUUCAAAACCAGUAGAGAUUAUCUGAGCAUGGGUAGCAACAAUAAAAGUAUGACCUGGUCAGUUACCGCGUAACAUCCUGCUUCUGGCUGAUGAUAGCACCUUAUAUUGGUGAUUCUGAUGUUCGUGUUUCGUUUGGCAUAUCCGACUCCUCAGCAAGUUUGAAAAAAGUCGACAGUUGACAUGGACUUAAUACGGACACGCCUUGCAAGCUGGGAACCCUUGGUGAGGAUUAGGGUUGAGCUGCCAAGAUACUUACACAGACUCUCGCAUGCCAAUUCCUCUCAUCUGAAUUUCAGAGAUUCACUCUAUCCGGAUGUCCGAUUGUGCGUGACUGGUGAACGGGUCGACUGGUGUUGUGCUUGCAGAGGGUUUCAUGGUUUAUUGCGCG